UAUUCUGUCGUCUAAUAACUUCCGGUAGCAGAUGCCUACAUGUUCUUUGUUACGGAUUUCACCACGCUUGCUAGGAAGACUUUAUCCAAGGAUCUGCAUUGUGAAGAAUCAACUCCGGAAAUCGUCGAAAACAGGCAAAAAUACUUUAGCAGACGACACAACACGCGCGCACAGUAGUCGCGAUAAGUUGACCAAAAAACAACACUGUCAUUCAAACUGGAUAUUUUCGGGUUGUCCAGCGUGUACCAAACCCGAAAAUGACCAACGCGUAUGCGGGACGGAUGGCAAAACAUACGCUUCCGUUUGCUACCUCGAACGGAGAGUGUGUAAAACUGAAUCGUCUGACCUAACUGUAGCGUACUCAGGAAAGUGCAUGAACAAUAUAAAAACGGAUCCUAUGACAACUACAUCAAUCCCACUGCGAAGUGAACUUCCUAUGAAGUCAAUGCUAGUGAGUGCAAGUCAUCCAUUGGCAACCGACCCUACUGAUCACCAUGGUAGUGUACAAGUCAAACGUUGCAAUUUGACUCUAGAACCUGUAUGUGGUACUGAUGGAAUAACGUAUCCGUCGCCAUGUUUCCUUACAAGAUUUGCGACUCUUCCUGGAAGGAGCGAUCUAACUAUCGCAUGGAUGGGUUACUGUGUUCCACAUAGGCCUAAUGUGAAUCUGGAGCCAUCAAGCAAGCCCGAUUUUGAAAUCGUACCCGGACCUGACAAUGGACCGGAACUAAAUUUAAAUCCUCCAGAAAGUGAACCCGAGCCAGAAAUCGAAUAUGAUUCAAGACACAAUCUGGCCACUUCCGAAAAACCAACAGAAACUACAAAAAAACCAUUAGCAACUACAGCACAGAAAACUACUCGAAAGUACAGGCCGUCUCGUAAACUCAGACCAACACGACGACGCAGUUCGUCGUCUCGUACUAAGCCGCCUUCUAGAAAACGAACAACUGUAAAACCAACUCCCGAACCAGAAAACCCAGUAAUUUUCGACGGCAGCGAUGUUUGGCAAGUAAAUCGAAAAACAACUAUGAAAUAUCAAUCAUCUGUGGCACCAACUGAAUCAUCAAUUGAAUCAGAAUCAAGUGAUGGAAUUGGGAUGGAUUUUGAUCUUGGUUUUGGUGGUGGUAGCGACCAGUGGUUUGUAACAAAACCAGACCCAACAAACCCGGUUAGUCCAUUUACCGAAACUGCACCAUCGAGUCAACAACCGGAACAACAGGACGAAGAUCCUGAAACAGAUAGUUUUGGAACAAACAUUGAUUUCGGUUUCGGCGGCAGUGAUUUAUGGUUUGUGCCAAAACAACCAGAACCGGAAACUACUGUACUACCACCAACGACAGCAACACCAGCAUCAGCAGAAGUUUAUUAUGGAAAACUUAUUGGAACAAUGGUUCCUAAAGGAAGUAGACGCGCGUCUCAUAGAACAGAAGGAGUCGUGUAUGCUAUCGAUCAAUCAACUAUUCGAAUUAUGAAUUUUAGCUACGACGGAAAUGCACCAGAUGCGUUUUUCUAUGCUGGAUCGACCGGUGAACCUGAUGAUACUGGUGACGUAAUCCCGGAUGAAAAUGGCAGAAAGCGAAAACUGAAAGCGUAUGAUAACCAGGAGUUAAUACUUAGCUUACCUAAAGGCAUGACGUUGGCGAAUUACAAAUGGAUAGCUGUCUGGUGUCGUCGUUUUCGGGAGAAUUUUGCUGAUGUAUACAUACCAAGUGACUUCGUAGCACCGUCUGGAUAUGACUUAGGUGUACUGGGGUACAAGCCUCGAGUACACAACGUUCGCUCACCAUCUGUCGUCAUCGUUGAUACUAAAAGCAUACGCCUCCACAGUCUCACCUAUGACGGCACUGUACCAGAUGCUUCUUUCUGGGUUGGACUAGGUUCUCCGGAUGCAAGAGGCCGAAGCGUUCCUUAUGAAAAUGGAAGCUCUGAUGGAGUACUUCCAAAAUUCCGACGCGACACCAUUACAAUACAACUUCCAGACGACGUCACAGUUUUCGAUAUCGAUUACCUCAGUGUAUGGAGUGUAAUUACCAAACAAGAUCUUGGUCACGUGAGGAUACCGAACCGCAGGAUGUUGAAUAUUCCACCAUAUAUUAAAAUUGAAAAGACAUCGACACCAACUCCAACAACAACAACUGUUCGUAACAGCGAAAGCCUAUCAACAGACUACACAGUAAGCUGGUUGAUCGAUGGCGAUGAGAUAGAAGUCGAAUUAUCCACUCGACUCCAAUCCAGGAUGUACAUGGCUUUCGGUUUCAGUGGAAGCAAGAUACGCUCCGUAAUGUUCGGUUCUGAUGUCGCCGUAGCCUGGAUGAACGGCAACACACCAGUGGUUGAUGAUUAUUACCUUGGUGGAUAUUCGCAGUGUUCAGCUGGUAGUGGUGCAUGUAAAGAUGAAUCGUUCGUCCUACCUGGAGUCAAUGACUACACAGAUGUCACGGGUUCAACAGUUGACGGUGUCACAACCAUUUCCUAUCGACGAAAACUGAAUACAGGGGAUGCUUUGGAUAUGACCAUUUCUUUAACAGACUCAAUGUACAUUGUCUGGGCGAUUGGACCAAUCAACGACGACGGAUUAGUUAGCAAGCACAUUGAUAUUGGAGGAGAUUCGUUUAGCUUUGGUCGAGAUCCAGUGAGUAAAGCUCAGUCGUUUAUUACGUCGGAACAGGUCGGUACAGCACAUUCAGACACUUGGCCUGAAACAGUAAUAGUAGGUAAAGACGUGACUACAUUCGACGCCAAAAUCGGACCAAAUGGUGGAGGAAAAGGACACACUGCAGUAAUAGGUAAUACUGGAUGGGGCUUCGUUUGGUACAUAAACGAGAAGCUAGCCCCAAGACUUAUACUUAAACGUGGGGUAGAAUACACGUUCCGCGUUUUUGGCGGUGACGACGAAUCCCUAAUUGCCCAGUAUCAUCCAUUCUACAUAACAGAUGACCCAAUAGGUGGUAAUCCCUCUAGUACAGGUAGUAUAUUUAAGUAUCAAACAGUAUAUGCAGGCCCGGCUGUCGGUGGCUACUGCGAAUACAGAAACAAAAAACAGAACAAGAGCAAGCAAUCGUCAACAUUUGAAGAUUACUUCAAAACCCUUAAAGAAAAAUGCAACAGAAGGGUGUUAGCCGGCAUGUUGACGUGGACUCCAGAUGCGAAUACACCUGAUACUGUUUAUUAUCAGUGCUACACUCAUCGUUAUUUCGGUUGGAAGAUUGAAGUGGUGGACAACUUUUUAAGUCUAUGAUCCCAACACCACACCCGUAGCAGUAUGUUGAGAAAAACAUUAUGAAAUCAGAAAAUAAUAUGCUUAAAUACAUAUGUGUACAAAUUUUGUUUAUGAAUAUCUUGUAAAAUAAUAUAGAAUUACGAUUUUAUUUGGCAGUUGGGAGUCUAUAAACAAAUAUAAUUUAAAUUGGCUUAUAUUAUUUUAUCUUAAAGUAUUUUUUAGACACAAAUGUAAGAAGCACAACGCAUACGUCACGAUUUUCAGUAAACCUCUUUAAAAUAGAUGCAUAACAAAUACCCGCACUCACAAGUGUCCUAAAUCACAUUUGUGGUGUCCCUGUCUCAUGUUUUAGCGUACCUGUUACCGUAUCUACUGCUGUUGUUGUAUUUAUGUGUUGUGACGAAUAUGGACUAAAAUGUAAACCAUACAAAGGAUAAUUGACGCGGUCUGACGUACAUAAGUGUGACGGAGCUAAACUUUUUCACAAUGUGGAAAAGAAAAGACAUUAGCAAAACAGAUGCCUUUUGUGUCAAGUUGCGUCAAGAAUUUUGCGUACAUAUUUCUUGUGUUUGCGUCAGGCAUUUUGCGUUUGGCCCAUUAAUUCGGUGCGCAAGGGCAAUGUAUUACAGUACUCAUUUUGCACAACAAACGCCCGCACUCACCAGUGUCUUAAAUCGGUGCUCAAGGUCAAUGUAUUAUAGUACCUCGGUUUGCAUUCGAACCACGUUGUUCCUAACGGAAAUAUUAACGUAUUAUUCGAUCACGAUUGGAUUGUAGGAAGAUGUGGGAAAGGGAACCAUAGGAAAUGAACAAUCUACCUCAGUAAAACGUAAAUUGAGUUGUUGUGGGCACCUCAUUCUUAAGCAUUAUACAUUUCUUUUACUUAGUCACGGCAUAGCAAUAAGUAGGCCAAUUUAAUACAAGAUGGUAAUUUCUGGAUGAAUUUUGACCAAGCAUAGGAAGGAUUAAUAAAAUGAACGAAAUUAAUCAUUACGUCAACUAUUAUAUUAAUGAAAGAGCCAAUGAUAUUACAUAUAUGGCAAAGUAUUGUAGACGUACAUAAUCUUUGUAAAUAAUUGUUUAUAUCUUCCACCUAUAGGCCUAGGCCUACACAUAAAUAUCAUUGUUUGUAGAAAAAAAUAAAAAAAAUAUUCGUCAAAAUAA